GAGAAUACGCCAUAUUGAAUUCUCGUAGGGAUACGGCUAGCGAUUUUUUUUCUCCAGCUAGCGGCGUAAAGUGGACACUCUACCAAUGGCCCUGAUUCGGUUCCACGUCUAAACCCUUCUCCGUGCGUAACCCCGGACAGAGCAGCGACCUUUCGACGGGCCCAGGGAGCGACGCGGAUUCACGACGGGCUCCGGUUCGACACCAGUAGAGGGGGGUUACCAGAGAGGGGAGUUGAAUGGAUCCGAGGGUAGCUUGGAUUCAGCCCGAACAGAAAGGACCUGCGAACGCCUUAUGGAUGCACGUCUGGGAGACCUCUCAGGGAGCGAGGACGCUCUCCGCCCAGCAGCAGCUCCACAACCAGUGCGUGAACUACGCUGCGCUGGAUGUUUUAAAGAAUGUGGCGACCGCGGUGGCAGCGGGCAGGAGCGUCUGCGGCGGCGGCGGCAGCGUAACUGCCAGUCGGAGCAGCGGCCAUCGCAGCGGCAUCAUGAGCGGCACUGCGAUUUCCGCGCUGGGGGUCGCAGCACUGCCCAACAGGAACGCACAGAUCGCCGCGGAGCCGGCUGAUGGCAAACCCCUGCCCCUGGGAUCCGUCUCCUCCUCGUCCUCCUCUUCAUCAUCAUCAUCAUCAUCAUCAUCGCAGGAAUCCGGCACGGACAGUCCCCCCUCCGGCUGCUCUCUCGAGAGGACUAUGGGUGGGAAUGUAUCGGGCAACGUGAACAAAAACGUCGGGGGUGCCAACCUGCUCUUUAGCUUGAGCGACAGCAUGGACCAUAAUGUCAACCUCUACCACCAACACCAUCAUCAUCAUCAUCACCACCCCCACCGUCACAUACAGGAGCAGCCGGCGUUCAACCCACAGCCGGUCUGCGUGAAGCGGCACCAGGUUCACCCCUCCGCACCUGGGAACCACACACACAACCACCACCACCCGGGCCGGAGGAAAAGCGACAACAAGGCGAGCACUUACGGGAUGAACUACCUGCUCUCGAACUGCACCAACGGGAAUUACGCGAGCAAUUGGACGCCGUGGAAGACGAGGACGUACAACCCCGGGGUCCUCGGACUCCACGAGGAGGUGAUGGACUUCUACAACUUCAUGUCUCCCCGGCCAGAAGAGGCAGCUAUGAGGAAGGAGGUGGUGAACCGAAUAGAGAUGAUUAUUAAGGAGCUCUGGCCCACUGCAGAUGUCCAGAUAUUUGGCAGCUUCAGCACAGGACUCUACCUCCCAACAAGUGACAUUGACCUGGUGGUGUUUGGGAAGUGGGAGCGCCCCCCACUGCAAGACCUAGAACAAGCUCUCCGCAAGCAUAAUGUGGCAGAACCCUUUUCAAUCAAAGUGCUGGACAAAGCUACAGUGCCAAUCAUCAAGCUGACAGACCAGGAAACUGAGGUGAAGGUGGACAUCAGUUUCAAUGUGGAGACUGGGGUGAAGGCGGCGAGCUUCAUUAAAGACUACGUAAAGAAGUAUCCAGUGCUGCCUUACCUGAUCUUUGUACUGAAGCAGUUUCUGCUGCAAAGAGAUCUGAACGAAGUCUUCACUGGGGGCAUCAGCUCUUACAGCCUCAUCCUCAUGGUCAUCAGCUUCCUCCAGCUUCAUCCUCGUAUUGAUGCCAGGAACCCAACUGAGAACUUGGGGGUCUUGCUGAUCGAGUUCUUUGAGUUGUACGGCCGCCAUUUCAACUACUUGAAAACAGGGAUCCGCAUCAAGAAUGGAGGCGCAUACAUACCCAAAGAGGAGAUCAUGAAGGCCAUGACAAAUGGAUACAGGCCAUCCAUGCUCUGCAUAGAGGACCCACUGCUUCCAGGUAACGACGUGGGGAGGGGUUCCUAUGGCGCCAUGCACGUCAAGCAGGUGUUUGACUAUGCCUACACUGUCCUGAGCCACGCUGUGUCGCCACUCGCACGGUCGUAUCCCAACAAAGACUGCGAAAGCACCUUGGGCCGGAUAAUCAGGUUGACCCAGGAAGUGAUCGACUACAGGGAAUGGAUCAUUAAGAAGUGGGGGGGCAGGGAUCUGGCGCGGACAGACAACAGAGUUUCACCUCCCAAGGAGCCCGUGUCGGAGCAGGAGCCCAGCUGCGUGCUGGGUGGCGGUGUGGUGCCGGAGGAGCAGCAGAGGGACUCAGUGUCGCCCCAAAGCGCAGACUCACCCAUGUCCAUCUCCAGCCCUCAGCAGCACUCGUCAGCCUCCUCUGUCUCCUCACUGUCGGGAUCAGACAACGACUCGGAUUCAACGUUGCCAUGUCCCGUCCCUCCACCAGCCCUGCCGCCGUACCCGUCUUUCCAGUCUCUGGGCCUCGCUUUGCCACCAGGACUCACUAUGGGCGCUGGCAAGCCCGGCAUGGGAGGACACCAUCUGCUCAUGCAUCCAGGCUCGCAGGCUCGCGUCUCCCUGCCCGGUGGUCUAGCAAUGCACUCCAUACCUGGCAGACAGGUGUGUAUAGACACCGGGCUCCCCCCCUUCUUCCACAUGCCCCCCCCAGCCCAUGCUCAUGUCCCUGCCCCUUCCAGCCCCCAGCCUCUGUCCAGCCCCCACUCCAGCCACACACACAAGAACGGAACAAAGUUCAUUGUGAAGGGCUUCCACAACCCCCCGCUGGUCAACAACCCCGUUCUGGCUAACCGCGGACACACCCAUACGCACACGCAGUACCACCGCAACACUUGGCGGCGCAGAAAGAGGGACAGCCUACCGGUUAGCCUGAGCAGAUAGAAACCACUCCUCUUUCCUCUAACUUUUCCUCCCUCCUCCUCUCUGGAUGCAAACCCUGGCUCUUAGUUCGCCUUGAAGGAGGAUGGACAAGCGGACAGACAGAGGACCAGAGACCAGCAGUUUUAUUAGCGGGGCUGCCGCGUCGUGGAACAGCAGCCCUGAGCUCUGCAUCUUCCUCCUACUGUCGCUACCUUUCCAUCUCUGCAUGACCUUUUGUUCACAGUUUCAGUAUUAUGUUACUGUCAGUAUUUUAGUUCUUCUCUUCUUUUUUUUUUUUUUCAGGCCUUUUCCUAUUUUUUAGUUUUUUUAAUUCUAUUGGACUCAGUGGUGAUGCCAUCGCCCAGUUCACUUGACCUCGCCUCGACCUCGACCCUCGCAGCCAAGCUGCCUGAGGUCCAGUGUUACUUUUUUGUUUUUUAACAGUUUAUACACUUAAGAACAAACCGUUUUUCAUUUUGUGCAAUAAUGUUAUUUUUCUUUUUGGAACUAAAGUAAAUGCUUAUUUAAUUUUGUGUGUGUUUGUUAAGGCGUUUUUAUACUGUUAUUUUAUUUUUGUAGAGUUUUAAAUUUGGUUUACGAAACAUUUCCCCGGGCAGCAUCUCUGGAGCAUGUGUGUUUGUCGGUUGGUAUUCCUGUGUGUGUGUGUGUGUGUGUGAUUGUGUGCGUGCAUGAGGUGUGUAUGUGUGUGCGUUUGUCUGUCAUCAGGCUGACAUAGACCCAGUUUGCAGGGCCCCUCCUCUUCCUCCCCUCUCCCCUCCUCACCUGUGUGUGAUGAGGAGCUCAUAUCUCGGUAUUCCUUCCCCGUUUUCUUCAUGUGUCUUUAAAAAAUGGACGAGGUCAACAUGAAAUUCUCUUCAGGAAGCUGUGUUCCUCAGUCCAGUUGGUCUAAGGCAUGAUGGAGGGAAGUGGAGGGAUGACGUUGCACCCUGGGAUCUCCUGACUAAUGAUGGGAGAGGAAGUACUUUGUGGCCUGAUGAGGGCAGUAGCUCCAGUUGAAGCUUUAGCAGAACCACCUGGAGAUUGUGCGUUUGUGUAUACUUCUGAAUGUGGGUGUCUGAGCUGUUGCCAUAUUUUGUCAGUCAGGGGAAGGCUGACUUUUUUAAGGGAAAAGCUUCCAGGUGGUGCAGGAUUUUGGCCUGAGAGAGCCUGUUCUGUUCAACAUAUAUGCUAGUGUGUUUUCAUUUUUGUGCUUAGUGUCUUUUUACUACAUGUUGUAGGAGAGGUUGGUGCCAAGGUGGCAGCAGCCUGCCUGACUUGAAUUUAAAGAUUUAAGAUUUGGGUAAGAGGGCAGAAAGCCACUGAUUCCAGGUCAGAGAACUUUUCAGAUGCUUACUCUCCCGAGUUCAGGGACGCGGUUUGUGGAAAUCUGAUCCCAGGGCUGAUGGGGUCAACCCUAUGCCCGCAGCUGUAUAUCGGUGAAGACCAACACCAAGGUGCUCAGCGAUAAGGUUUUCUCCUUUGUGGUUCUGGACAAAGGAGGAAGAGGGGGAGGGGGUCUUCCUGAACCAAGGACCCUAGUGAAAGGGAAAUAUAUUUUGAUUCCAUUCAGGAAUCUCGUGUAUAUUUGAUUGCCAGGUACUUCCGCUAAUUGUUUGCAAUGCCUUUCUUUGUGUUUACUUGGAGUGUGUGUGUACGUCGUAUUCCGCGAGCACACCGUGUCACACAAACACUCACAGACACUCACAGACAGGACUGUCCAAGGCUGUGACUCGCCCAGAACACUACACAUGCUGGUGUUAUUACUAUGCAAGUGGAUCUAAUUGUGUCAACUCUCGUCUUUUUCCGUAGUGGGGUUACUUUCAAAUGACAAACGAUGCUUGUCAGGCUGGAGUAAUGUCGCUGACUGUCAGCCUCUUCAAGCCAACUCAAUUGAACUACAACCCCCCCCUCCAUCCCCUGACCCCUUGUAUUUGUACGAAGGUCCUAAUAUGUUUCAAAGUCUAGUUUUCUACAUCUAUCAGUGAAAUGUAAGGAAUGGCGUAUGUUAAUAUCGAUGGUUGGGUCUGUGUAGUGUGUGACAUAAUGAAACGUGUGUAAGAAAAGUGUCGAGACUUGCCACCGCAGGUUUGUUUGGUUUUUUUUUAAUCGGGCGCCCAACCGUCACAAGCAAGUGCACCGAGAGCGCGACUUGCACUCUGCAGGUGCACUUCAGGAGGGACCAGUGUCCAACGACAAUUCUUUACCUUUUACUGAGAGUCUGUUCAGUAAUUCUUCUUUAUCCUUGAACCAUGGCAACUCCGAUCUGUCCGUCAGAACGUCACCUGGCAUCAGUUCAGUCUCACGUGAAUGGUUUCUGUUUGGUUUCUCACAGGCAACACAGAUUAUGAGCUAAUCAUCACCUCUGAUUAGAGAAAUUAUCUUCACAUUUUUAAUGAUUUGAGCUUAAAAAAAUAUAUAUUAUGGACGCGCCCAGUCAUACGAUCAUACUCUCGUCACCCUGUUACUCUCUGUGGAUGAUUAUUUUCCAAAUCCAUGUAGAGAGGAGAUCACUGUGGCAUAUUAAAUGCUCAGUUCCAUGUAAUCCCAUAAAUUGGACACCAAGGUGGAUGUAGUUGGCAAACCUGUUUAACCCUUUCAAACUGUCGCUCAUAGCCAUGUCUGCGUUUAGAGAUGAGAACCAGCAUUUAUGAGGAGCUGAUGAUGAUAACUGGUGAUGGAAGCUUGUCGACGGGGUUAGAGUUGCCUGCAGCUUCACAGCAAAGACUUCCAUGCAGUAUCUUGAAAAGUCUGUAUGGAUUUAAAAUCUGUGUUCAUCUCAGCGGCCCAACGCAGCUCGCUCUCUGUCCUCUGUCCUCUCAUCAGACGGCAAUGGGAACGGUUAAUUAAAGGUGUCUGUCUCGCCACGUUGCCUUCACUUCUGAUUUGGUUUGGAAGUGAGGGGAAAGGGAAGGGAGCGUGGCUUGGCCCGCUGAGGUCUUGACGUACACAUGUACAUGUAGAUGCAAUGUAACAUCACCCCCAUUGCAAUAAAAUGAGGGAUUUUAAAACUGGUGGCUGCUGUUUUAGAGAAAGGUGGCAGCCCCUCUUUGUCCUGGCUGAUUCAUGUGAGCAGUAGCCCCUCGUAAUGGACACCAAGCUAUCGGUGUCCAGAGGGAACCACUGCCCAGCUUUUGUUUUUUUGUUUUUGACAUUUUUAUGUAAAUAUAUUUUUUUCUAUUUUAUUUUUUAAUAAACAUUUUAAAACUGCCA